GGCCUCCUCCAACCCUCCACUUGUGAAUUCCAGGCUCCCAUCUUCCUCUACCUUCUUCAACUGCAUCCACUGUCGUGCUAUUUGUACAUCCGCAUCCAUAGUUCCCUACAUGUGCCUCGUUGCCUCCGCACCUAAAUUCCUGAGACACACCUCCAUCUCCAGUUAGGUGCCCAACAUGGAUUUCGACAAACUCAGCAUCAACGACCGCAAGAUCAUCGUCGGCAUCGACUUUGGCACCACAUACUCGGGCGUGGCUUGGGCCGAAACACAGCGCCCAGAUCGUCGCGUUGCCGUCACCGUUUGGCCCAUCUCCAAGACAACCCGCGAGGGCGAGUCGUCAGACAAAGUCCCGACAAAACUACGGUAUAGCGAUGCCAACAGCGAUCCGGAAUGGGGGUUUUCCAUCCCCAUGAAUGCGCCCUCGGAUGAGAUCGUGGAAUGGUUCAAGCUUGAUCUUGACCCCUCCCUCCAAUCCAUGGGGACCGCAGUGACGAGCGCUGCCACACGAGGUGGUCGCAAUGUCGACAAGCUUGUCACCGACUACCUGUCAGCACUGGGCGACCAUCUCAUGUACACGCUGCGUGAGAAACUGGGCGAGGGCGUUGUUAAGAACACCGCUCUCGAAUUCGUCGUCACAGUUCCCGCCAUUUGGAGCGACCUAGCCAAAGACAAGACUAAGCAAGCUUGUCAGCGAGCCGUUGGCAACCUCUCCAAAACCAACCCCCCCAUCCACCUCAUCUCCGAACCCGAGGCCGCUGCUAUCUACGCCCUCCACGGCCUCGACCCUCAUGGUCUCAAGGCGAAUGACAGCUUCGUCAUCUGUGACGCUGGUGGAGGUACAGUUGACCUCAUUUCUUACACCAUCACCAACCUGAAGCCCAUCCUCGAGGUUCAGGAAGCAACUCCCGGCACUGGCGCGCUUUGUGGCUCCACCUUUCUCAACAUGAGGUUUGCCAAGUUCCUCAAGGCCAAGUUAGGGAAGGCAGACGGGUGGGACGACGAGGUGCUCGCCGAUGCCAUGGAGAGGUUCGAGAAGACGGUCAAACGCCAGUUUACGUUGCACGCAGGAAAUGACGACACAUACACCAUCCCAGUCGGUGGUCUGGCCAACAAUAAGGAGCUGGGUAUCAGCCGCGGGCGGUAUGCCCUCAAGGCCUCGGAUCUCCGUGUCAUCUUCGAGCCCGUCGUGCAAGAAGUAGUCAAGCUCGUCAACGACCAGAUCUCGUCUUCCAAGGUCCCCAUCAAAGCCGUCCUCCUGGUCGGCGGCUUCGGUGCCUCCAACUACCUCAAGGAGCGCCUGCGGGGCGCCAUCGACGCCUCGAUCCAGAUCAUGCAGCCGCCCAACGCGUGGCUGGCGGUGGUGCACGGGGCCGUCAUGAAGGGCCUGGCCCAGAGCGCGCCGGAGCAGCUGACCAUGGUGCGGGUGCAGAACCGCAAGGCGCGCAAGCACUACGGCACCGAGUGGCGGGUGCGCUACGACGAGAAGGUCCACGCCUACCUGCGCAACAAGAAGCACUGGUGCGGCCUGGACGGCUGCUGGAAGGUCUACACCAUGGAGUGGUUCAUCCGCCGGGGCGACGCCGUGUCGGAGAACGAGCCCUUCUUCACCAGCUUCGUCUGGACGGGGCCCGUCUCCCAGGGCCGCAUCAAGAAGAUCAAGAUGGACAUCUACGCCGACCGGACCGCGCGGAACGCGCCCCUAGCGAGGGAUGAUAACGUCGCCCUGGUGUGCCACGUCGAGGCUGACGUCGGGCACAUCCCCGAGAAUUUGCUGCAGAAACGGAAGGGGAGUGAUGGGAACUGGUAUUAUGAACUCAGCUGCAAGAUUGAGGCAGUUUAUCUCUCUGCCUCGACACAGUACACACUAUUGUACAACGGCCAGCGGUACAACUCGGUCACGGCCGAGUACGUCUAAGGUGGUCGUCUGCUAGGAGUGAAUUUAUGGCUGUAC